GCAGACAAGAUUUGAGCUGCGAAGCACGUUUGCGUAAUCUGCACUACAUUGAACCGUCCUCUUUCUCGCUCUCUCUCUCUCCCUCGAGACUUAGAGGGAAGCUCGCCGGUUUGAAGAUUCAAGUGAGUGGCGCACUUAUGCAGGCCCAUGGCGCAUCCAGUACUCGUUUCAUCUGUCGGGGUAACCUCUAGCACGAUGCCCACCCAACUGUCGGUUCCCACAGUUGCUGGCGGCAGGUUUUCGCAGUUGACACUACAGAAUCGUUUCGCUGGAAUUCACGGAUUGUCAGGCACUAGUUGGAAAGGAGUGAGAUUGAAUUCUGGACGGCACAGAAGGUCCGGGUACCGAGGAAAUUCCGUAAGAGCGGUGUUGGUGCGAAACCCACCUCCUGCGGAAAGAUCUCGUGGAAAUUUAGAAAACGGGAGUGCAAGGAGUGUAGGUAGAGAUGAUGAUUUCUCGGUAGGAAGAAGCAGAAAUGAUGCUGUAGUUUCUUCAAACGGGAACGGCGGAGCUGCUAGCCGCAGAGAUGGAUUGGAAUUCAGGAACCCAAGUGAGUUGGUUGCCACGAGAAUUGAGAAAAAGCAAAGAGCGAAAAUUGUCGGUGAUCAGGAGUCAGAGGCUGAGGCGAGAGCAGCACUUAGGGCCGCCAAUGUUGCAGAGUAUGAUCCUGUUCGCCUCAUCCAGCGCUAUAGCAAGGAACCUCUGAAGGUGUUGGGGCGUGCAUUGAAAGUGACAACGACGUUGGGCGCUUUCGCCAUCAGCGUUCUCAUUGAUGAGAGGAGGGGCAAAAUUAAUGAGAACAUGCGAAAACGAGCAAAAGAGUUAAGAGAACGGCUCACAUUUCUAGGACCAACAUUUGUCAAAAUUGGUCAGGGUCUUUCCACUCGCCCUGAUCUUUGUCCUCCUGCUUAUUUGGAGGAACUUGCUGAGUUACAGGAUGCUUUGCCAACAUUUCCAGAUGUUGAAGCCUUUGCUUGCAUAGAGAGGGAACUUGGUAAACCGAUGGAAUCCAUGUACUCAGCGAUCACUGCAUCGCCAAUCGCGGCCGCAAGUCUUGGGCAGGUCUACAAAGCACAGUUAAGAUCGACCGGAGAGAUAGUGGCUGUCAAAGUCCAAAGGCCUUACAUCGAAGAAGCUGUAGCACUCGACUUCUACUUACUGAGAGGCAUAUGUGGUCUCGUUGACAAGUAUGUCGAUGUGGUCACUAGCGAUGUGGUGGCUCUGCUAGACGAGUUUGCACGUCGAGUUUACCAGGAACUGAAUUACGUUCAGGAAGGUCGUAAUGCAAUCAGGUUUGGACAACUUUAUGGAGAUAGGCCUGAUGUUUUAGUGCCGGGAAUCUAUUGGGACUAUGUGAGCGCUAAGGUUUUGACGAUGGAGUGGGUAGAUGGUGUAAAACUCAGCGAGCAAGAUACAAUCACGGCUCAAGGGCUGGAUAUUAUAAAACUCGUAGACAUUGGUAUCCAGUGUAGUUUGAGACAACUGCUUGAGCAUGGAUAUUUUCAUGCAGAUCCACAUCCAGGAAAUCUUCUUGCCACUCCAGAUGGAAAGCUCGCAUUUUUAGACUUCGGUAUGAUGAGCGAGACACCUCCAACAGCCAGAUUUGCAAUCAUCGGUCAUGUGGUACAUCUUGUCAACCGGGACUACGAGGCCAUGGCUCGUGAUUACUAUGCCUUGGAUUUUCUAGAACCAGAUGUUGACGUUUCACCUAUCGUGCCUGCUUUGAAGAACUUCUUCGACGACGUGCUGGAGGCUACUGUGAGCGAAUUAAAUUUCAAGACAAUAGUAGAUGGUCUGGGUGCCGUCUUGUAUAAAUACCCGUUUAAUGUGCCAGCCUACUAUGCUUUAAUCUUAAGAUCUUUAACUGUUUUGGAGGGAUUAGCGCUCUACACUGAUCCGAACUUCAAGGUGCUCGCUGCAUCAUACCCUUACUUCGCGAAAAGACUACUCACUGAUAAAAAUCCUUAUCUACGAGAUGCUCUUAUCGAGCUUCUCUUCAAAGACGGCACCUUCAGAUGGAACAGGCUGGAAAAUCUGCUAGUACAGGGUCGUAAGGAUUCAGAGUACAGGGCUAGUGAUGUGUUGCAACCUGUGCUGGACCUGCUCUUGGGCUCCGGUGGAGAGGAGCUGAGAAGUUUGGUAGAAAGGGAAGCAGUGCGCGUAUCGGAAGCGCUUGUGGUUGGAUCUGCCAUACAAAGUUACAAGUCCGUGCCACAACCGCUUAGAGAUUUCAUCGAUCGAGGAAACAACGUCAUACGAAUCAAAGAAAGCGAGGAGAUCGAGAUGCUUGCCUUGAGAGAGCAGGUUUUGAGAAUCUGGAACCUACUUCGUAGUACCAGUGGGUUCGACCCAGCUAGUCUCCAGCCUAUCGUCGAGGUUCUCCGGCGUUCCGAAGCUCAGGCUAUGGGAGGGCGGAUUGCUGGAAGCAUCACAAGGCGGUUAGCAGCAAGAGCUCUUCAACAACUACUGAAGCAACCGACUCCAACGCCCACACUGACAUCAUGAUCAGAUCUCAUUCAGCAACAAUACCCAACGAAGCUGCAUUCUUUCCUGUGUUACAACUUACAAGGCAGAAGCCAUCGUUACCUGCAAGGAUUGUGGAUCAUAUUAUUCAAAUGUACUAUAACAUGCAUUGGUCAGAAAUUUUAUGAAAGUCAUCCAAAUGACAUUGUAAUAUUUUACUAUCCAGAUCUCGUAUAUAACAGACGCAGUGGACUGUGUUUGGCACAACUUUGAAAAUCCUUUUGAACUUCAAGAACCGAAAUUAAUUUCAAAACAGAAGAAA